AUGAAUGUAGCCACACAUGAGGUCAUACUACAGGGUUAUUUACACAAACAGAGCAAACAUCUCAAGAUUUGGCGUAUUCGUUAUUUUUUACUUACAAAGAAUGAGAUCACCUAUUCGACCAAAUCUGGUCGUAAACCACGAUUAUUGUUGUCAUUGGGAGACGUUCAAGUGAUUGAUGAUCAGAAUCAAGUGAACCAUGUUGGCAAUUUUGUUUUUGUGCUGCAAACGUCGACGAGGAGACUCUUUUUAAGUGCAACGACGGAGCAGGAACGGCGACGAUGGGUGACGGAGCUGCAUAAAUUGUUGUCUAUAGUUGGCGACGAAGCACAUCGAUCAGCUCUUGAAUUUGCUGUCAUUCGACGGAACCCAUCUUCUCAUGCAACGACCACACUGCAGAAUCAGUGGAAAAAGUCGCACAAGCGCGCAUCGAAAGAGCGGCGUCUGGAGCGACGGCGACAACAACUUCCCAAGCUAAAACGGACGUACACCGAAACGUGGUUGGACGAAGUGUUUACGUUGCCGAGUGGUAGUACGCGCGACGACGUGCCUUUGCUGGACGCUUUAUGCUUUGCGGGUAUUCCCAAGGAAUUACGUGGUCGCGCGUGGGCCUGGAUACUCGGAAACAUGCUGCAAGUCAACAAAGACCUGUUUAAGAUCUGCAAGGCUCGUGCCCAGGCUGUGUUGAUGGAAAUGUCUUUGAAGCGGGAUGUGGAGUAUUCAGUGAUUGAGACUUUGACGGCUAGCUCCGUAUCGGAAAGUGCUAUUCUGGAGUCACCGGCAAGAAGUGUUUCUAGUGUAAGCAGUGUUUCAUCCACCUCCGAGAGUACCGUGGAAGAUACUGAAAUAUCACUAACCACGGAAAACUGGAAAACGUGUCAGGUCACUGACAGCACGCCAUUGGCUGGUGAAGCUCCACGAACAGUUGAAACCCACAUUAGCGACCAGAGAAGAGCAAGACAAUCAUCUGUCGUACUUCCUGUGCAGAAUAUGUUACAAGACGCUGUGGGGAUUGCAGAGAUGCUUGUGGCACAUGGCGAACGUAGCAUUAAGCUUGUUAAUGUUGACAUGCCACGCACAUUCGGUCACCAUCCGCUGUUUCAGCCUGGUGCCGAGGGUACAGCGCACACGACGGAGGUACUGGAGGCAUACAUCUGCUAUCGACCUGACUUGGGAUACGUACAAGGUAUGAGCUACUUGGCGGCCACAUUGUGCUUCCACAUGGACAGCUUCACUGCUUUUAAAGCUUUGGUAGCCCUGAUGAGCUCAAGUUUGCUUUUUGACAUGUUCCGUCUGGAGGCAACGCGAACAUUCCACUACAUUAAUAUCUACAACCAGAUCUUCGAAUACGAAUUACCGGCUUUGGCGGCGUAUUUUCAAGAGAUCGGUAUCGACGCGCAAAUGUACGCGGUAGACUGGGCACUCACACUAUUUACCCGAUGCUUAUCACUGGACCUUGCAUUGCGCAUUUGGGAUGUCUACGUCCUGCUGGGGUCACCAUUCUUUUUCCAGGCUAGCAUGGGUCUGCUGUCACUUUUCCAGGAUUCACUGUUAACGAUGGAACCAGAAGACAUUAUGCGACUACUACACACUUUUCCCAAGAAUAUAUCGUCGCAACAACUUUUCGAAGCCAUUUCAUCCGUUCAUCUCUCAUGUCAGGAAAUCACUGAAUUGCUGGCCGGUGGAAAAAUUUGGUCCCCUGAUGAAACUCGACAAGUUCCUGUCAAAUAUCCCGACACAUACGAGUAA